AACCUAACCACACCGCUAACCUUAUGCCUAACCCUAACCUUAAAAUAAGACAAAAAGGCACAUUUAUGUUUUUAUGAAUUUUCUACGAUAUAGCCAUUUUGACUUUGUGGCUGUGGUAACUAGUAGAAAACUAGUUUCCGUCCUUCAUCCAACGAGUUAGCAAACUAGCAUUAGCAUCUCAAUAAUCCCUCGUUCAAUCUGAUCGUUGGAGGAUUCGCCAGUGUUGGACUCCCUGGCAAUAUGACGCUCUUUCAUUUCGGGAAUUGCAUUGCCUUGGCUUAUUUUCCCUACUUUAUCACCUACAAGUGCAGUGGAUUAUCAGAAUACAAUGCAUUCUGGAGAUGUGUUCAAGCAGGAGCUACCUACCUAUUUGUGCAGCUAUGCAAGAUGCUGUUUCUAGCCACAUUUUUCCCCACAUGGGAGGGAGGAGCUGGCGUGUACGACUUUGUUGGUGAGUUUAUGAAGGCCACGGUGGACCUAGCUGACCUUCUGGGCCUGCAUCUGGUCAUGUCCAGGAACGCUGGGAAGGGAGAGUACAAGAUCAUGGUGGCAGCGAUGGGAUGGGCCACAGCAGAGCUUGUUAUGUCAAGGUGUAUACCUCUAUGGGUGGGUGCCAGAGGCAUUGAGUUUGACUGGAAGUACAUACAGAUGAGCUUCGACUCCAACAUCAGCCUGGUGCACUAUAUCGCCAUGGCAGCAGUGGUGUGGAUGUUCACGCGGUACGACCUCCCGAAGAGUUUCCGUCUGCCUGUGACUGUACUCCUUGGGCUGUGUGUAUACAAGGCCUUCCUCAUGGAGUGAGUAUCACAUACUUCAACGUACCCAGGGAAGGGAACUGUGGAACUGCAUACUGAAGAAAUGGACACCCUCACAGAACUGGUUUUGAGCUCAUCGUGCUUAUCUUUUCUGGGGAGGGGACUGAGGUUUUUCUGUACACCACUAGAGAGCAUUAUAAACACUGAUGGCUACAGUUGUGUAACGGUCGGGAUGACCAACCCCUAUUUUUCGGAAGAAACUACAUUAUUGAAAUGGUACUGAAAACAAUGUCAUAAUCCAUCAUAAUAAUAUGACGUUAGCAACAAUCAGUUACAUAGUAGCCAACAACUGACAUAUUGGUAUAAAACAAAGCUACACAACCGUCAUAAUAAUUGUUCAUAGACACC